AUGAUUGCUAGUAUUGAAGAAGUAAUGGGAAAAGAAAAUAAUUUAGGUCAGGGAAGUUAUGUUCUCAUUUAUUUCAACUCAGAAAGGAAAAAAACCGAAGAAUUAAAAAAAAAUAUUCUUCAACCUGUUGCUAAGGAAGUCCUUAAUCGUUAUGAAUUACUUAACUUAACUGAUGAAAAAAGGAAUAAAAUUAAAUUAAUGAAGAAAACUGACAAACCUAACAAUAAUUCAGAAACUAUUUUGCGCUGUCUCGCCACCAAGCCCGAGGUGGUAGAAAAAAUCGAGCAAGCAAUGGUGGAGAAAGAUAUAAUUGAAGUGCGAGGUUACUUGCGUAAUGAAAUUAAAGGUCGACAAAUAAUCAUUAAUGUCCGAGAAGUUAAUAAGUUGGAUAUAAGUUUUGAACAAAUUGAUCGAAAAAAUUCUAAUUAUCUGCGACUAAUUGGCAAAAUAAAUAUUUUUAACAGUCAAGAUGAUAAUCAAGGAACGAUAAGUUUCAGAAUCUCUGUUCCUCGCGAAGUAGGUUCUCAGAAAUUCUUCGACAAGAGUGUUCCUCCGCUUUAUUUUUGUGUGGUAGAUGAAGAAAAAGUAGCAGGAAUAUUAGCUAAAGUUAAAGAGCGGUUAAAAGAACAUGAUAUUAUUCUCUUAGAAGGUUCUUUACAAACUAAAAUUGUAACUAAUAAGGUUUGGAAAGAGGGAGAAGAAAGGACUGAAGUAUCUCGGCCUUCCCACAUUAUUGUCCAAGCCUUUACUUUAAUUGACAGCGACUUAACUUCUGAUUUUUAUUCGCUGGCUGAAUUUCCACGUGUAAUUGGAGAAACUAAAUUAAAAGUGAUUGACUUUACUAAACCCAAGGAGGAAAGAAAAGUUGAUAACCAAGAAAAACAUUAA